UGGGAGCGUCAUGGCUCGAUUAACUGCCUUUCUUGCCGAUGCGAUUGAUUGAAGCAGACCAAGGACCAAAGACUUUCUCUCAUCUUCCCUCCAGCAUCAGUCUAGCCUGUCUCCUGUUGCAUCACCACCUCCAAGAUGACUUCCUACAUUCCCCAUCUGACUCUGCCUUCGUUCAUCUUCGAGAAGCCGGCCCUCUCCGUGCUGCUGCCCGUCGCACUUGGAACCGCUGUUGGCUACUCGACCAGACCCAAGGAGACGCAAAAGACCUAUCUAGCCCUGCGUCAGCCUCCCCUCCGACCUCCCCCAUGGGUCUUCGGCCCCGUGUGGACUCUGUUGUACGGAGCCAUGGGAUACGCCGCCUUCCGCGCAUGGUCCACCGCCAUGGACUCGUUUGACGCAAAGAAGGUCCUUCUCGCAAAGCAAGGCGCAACCCUUUACACCAUCCAACUCGGUCUUAACCUCAUCUGGAUGCCCCUCUUCUUCUCCCUGAGACGUCCGAUUGCUGCUACCGUCGACAUUGUUGCCCUCACUGGCGUUACCGGAUAUCUUGCCUACAUCUGGGGUCAGGUUGACGAAGUCGCUGCAUGGACUCUUGUCCCCUACCUCGGCUGGCUUAGCUUCGCAACAUAUCUGUCAGCAGGCUGCGGCUACUUGAACAACUGGGAUUUCCAGACUAAGGAGCGUUCGACCGAUGGUAAGCCCAAGGAUACCAAGUUUGUCGAUGAGAAGAGAGAGUAGGCAACUUUUGACGGCCACGAGAUACCCAUUUGCGCCAAAGCGAGGAUAAGGCUGUAAGUGAACACGGAUAAUUCGUCAUGCUUUUUGACCAUUUCGAGCUGGCAGCAUAACUGUCAUGCACGCGCUGUUUGCGCAUCCUCCGUCCGACAUGU